ACCCAGUGAGCGGCUAGGGUGCAGCAGGAGUUUGGGGGAUAGCCCCAGUCUCGGGAUCUCUGUCCUGGGCUGGGGACUACCCCCUCCCCUGGCCUGGCUCCUGACGCCCGUGCUGCCGGUGAAACGCUGUUGACAUGUCCUGAAUUAUUAAGCACGGGGUGGGCUCCGGAGCACAUGCUGAGUGGAGCGGCUGGGGCUGCGCGGCGUGGCGGAGCAGCGCUCGCUCCCUCGCUCACUGCUCGCUCGCUCGCAGGGACACACGCAGGGGCUGACAGCUGUGCUGGUGCUGAUAAGGGAAGCCACAAGGAGACGAUCGAGGAGAGAGACAAGCGGCAGCAGAGGCAGCAGCGGCAGAGGCAGCACCAGGGCUGCGGAGCUGCUGGGAGUGGGAGUGACUCCCCCACCUCGGGCCCCCACCCUGUCCCUGUCCUCCUCCCGCUUGCCCUGAGUUUAGAAGAGCAGCCGCUGCCACUACUGCCACUCGGGAGGGCACCAGGGCUGCUGGCUAGGGAGGGACAGGGCAGGGAGGCUCUGGCCAGUCCCAGCAGCCGGGGACAGAUGCCGAUCGAGAUUGUGUGCAAAAUCAAAUUUGCUGAGGAGGAUGCGAAACCCAAGGAGAAGGAGGCAGGGGAUGAGCAGAGCCUCCUCGGGGCUGCUCGGGGGGCAGCAGCCCCCCGGGACCUGGCCACCUUUGCCAGCACCAGCACCCUGCAUGGACUGGGCCGGGCCUGUGGUCCAGGCCCCCACGGACUACGCAGAACCCUGUGGGCACUGGCCCUACUCACCUCGCUGGCUGCCUUCCUGUACCAGGCGGCUGGCCUGGCCCGGGGCUACCUGACCCGGCCUCACCUGGUGGCCAUGGACCCCGCUGCCCCAGCCCCAGUGGCGGGCUUCCCGGCUGUCACCCUCUGCAAUAUCAACCGCUUCCGGCAUUCGGCACUCAGCGAUGCCGACAUCUUCCACCUGGCCAAUCUGACAGGGCUGCCCCCCAAAGACCGGGAUGGGCACCGUGCCGCUGGCCUGCGCUACCCGGAGCCUGACAUGGUAGACAUCCUCAACCGCACUGGCCACCAGCUCGCCGACAUGCUCAAGAGCUGCAACUUCAGUGGGCAUCACUGCUCCGCCAGCAACUUCUCUGUGGUCUAUACUCGCUAUGGGAAGUGUUACACCUUCAACGCGGACCCGCGGAGCUCGCUGCCCAGCCGGGCAGGGGGCAUGGGCAGUGGCCUGGAGAUCAUGCUGGACAUCCAGCAGGAGGAGUACCUACCCAUCUGGAGGGAGACAAAUGAGACGUCGUUUGAGGCAGGUAUUCGGGUGCAGAUCCACAGCCAGGAGGAGCCGCCCUACAUCCACCAGCUGGGGUUCGGGGUGUCCCCAGGCUUCCAGACCUUUGUGUCCUGCCAGGAACAGCGGCUGACCUACCUGCCCCAGCCCUGGGGCAACUGCCGCGCGGAGAGUGAGCUCAGGGAGCCUGAGCUUCAGGGCUACUCGGCCUACAGUGUGUCUGCCUGCCGGCUGCGCUGUGAAAAGGAGGCUGUGCUUCAGCGCUGCCACUGCCGGAUGGUGCACAUGCCAGAUUCCCUGGGUGGGGGCCCCGAGGGCCCGUGCUUCUGCCCCACCCCCUGCAACCUGACGCGCUACGGGAAAGAGAUCUCCAUGGUCAGGAUCCCCAACAGGGGCUCAGCCCGGUACCUGGCGAGGAAGUACAACCGCAAUGAGACCUACAUACGGGAGAACUUCCUGGUCCUAGACGUCUUCUUUGAGGCCCUGACCUCUGAAGCCAUAGAGCAGCGAGCAGCCUAUGGCCUGUCAGCCCUGCUGGGAGACCUCGGGGGACAGAUGGGCUUGUUCAUUGGGGCCAGCAUCCUCACGUUGCUGGAGAUCCUUGACUACAUCUAUGAGGUGUCCUGGGAUCGACUGAAGCGGGUAUGGAGGCGUCCCAAGACCCCCCUGCGGACCUCCACUGGGGGCAUCUCCACUUUGGGGCUUCAGGAGCUGAAGGAACAGAGUCCUUGCCCGAGCCGGGGCCAUGCCGAGGGUGGGGGGGCCAGCAGCCUGCUCCCCAACCAUCACCACCCCCACGGUCCCCCAGGAGGUCUCUUUGAAGAUUUCGCUUGCUAGGAUGGUGCUGUGACUGAAAGGAUCCAGGAGUCUGAGACCCCUCCUGGGAUCCCCAGCACAUUCUCCUCCUGCUCCUGGGAAAGGCCUGGGGGCGGUGCUCACUGGGAGGGCCAGGACUCAGUUCCUGCUCUUAUCCUCCCCUGCCCUGAUGUCAGCUGCUUUGCACAAAGGUCCUUCUUGUCCACACCCCUUACUCCCAGGCUGGUGCCCCGGGAGGGCUGGAAACCAGGCCAUGGGCCCUCAUGGAGAGGAAGGGCAGGAAGGAGAGAGGGAGGGGAGGAUAGAGCUCAUCCCAGCUGGGGAGGGGGAGCCCUCUGUACAUUUGUAUAUAUUUAGGGAAAGCCGGGUGGGGGGAUACAGAUGUAGAAGGUGGGUAGGGCUACACGGGUGGGUGAUUUAGGGACAGCCAGGGUCCCAGCCCUAAUGUCAGCAGGAAAGGGAGAGCCCCAGGACUCAGGAGUGCUGGGCUGGUCCUGCUUCCUGCCCCUCUCCAGGCCCAGCUCCCCUCUUGGCAGGGGGAGAGGAUGGCCCAGCAGGCCUGGCCCAGCUCCCAGUUCCCCCUGCACCAGCCCCACCCCUAGAGUCCCUUCUAUAGGGAGGGGGCAGGAGACCUUCCAGACUUCGGCUGAGCUUGGAGGGUGGGAAGGGAGCCUUCUCAGGCCUCUCUCCCUCCAGUCUGAUUUUGUAAAGUGCUGAUGAGAUUGGGAAUAAAGAGGCAUAAAGAA